AGUUUACAAUUCGCGUCCGUUGAAGACGUUUGUUUAUUAGUUUCGCGCCUUUUUUCGUGAGUGUUUUUGUAUUUCCUUUUAUCCUUAAAUAAGUGUUAAAAUAAACGUUUUUAAAAAUGCCAAUCGUCGAUACCGAGGAUUUAGUAAAUUUACAAAAAAAUAUCGAACGCGUGCGCAAUAUUUGUAUAUUGGCUCAUGUUGAUCAUGGCAAAACUACGUUGGCCGACUCGCUAGUGGCCAGUAAUGGAAUUAUCUCCCAACGCAUGGCGGGAAAAUUACGUUAUUUGGAUAAUCGUGAAGAUGAACAGGAGCGUGGUAUAACCAUGAAGAGCAGUAGUAUUUCGUUGUUCUAUCAAAGUGUAGCUGAUCAUAAGAACUUUCUGGUGAAUUUAAUAGAUUCACCUGGGCAUGUUGACUUCUCCAGUGAAGUUUCUACGGCGGUGAGAUUGUGUGAUGGCGCCAUUGUUGUGGUAGAUGUUGUUGAAGGUGUAUGCCCACAGACUAGAGCCUGUUUGCAACAAGUUUAUGUGGAGCAAUUAAAACCAGUAUUGGUUUUAAAUAAAAUCGAUCGUCUUAUUAUGGAGAAACAAAUGACACCUUUGGAUGCCUAUUUUCAUAUUACACAAGUACUGGAACAAGUCAAUGCCGUUUUGGGCGGCAUAUUUGCUUCGGAUGUCUUAGGCAAAGAGGAUAUUACGCAUAAGGAUAAUUAUGAAUCCGCUUUGGAAGACAGUGAUGAUUCAAAUUUGUAUUUUUCUCCAGCAUUGGGUAAUGUUGUAUUCUGCUCAGCCUAUGAUGGUUGGGCUUUUGGUGUCAAAGAUUUUGCUGCCACUUAUGCCGAGAAAUUGGAAAUGUCUGCCGAAGACUUGGAACAGGUGUUGUGGGGUGAUUUUUUCUACAAUGCUAAGAAGAAAUGUGCCAUUGCUGGUGCCCAAGAGAAGGCUAAGAAGCCUAUGUUUGUACAGUUUGUAUUGGAAAACAUUUGGAGUUUGUAUGACACCAUUGCUGUGCGCAAGGAUAAAGAUAAAAUACCAGUUAUCGCCGAAAAACUGGGCAUUAAACUGUUAGCUCGUGAUUUACGGAUUGGCGAUCCUAAAGCCCAAAUAAGAACCGUCUUGGGUCAAUGGCUACCCAUUGAUCGCACAAUUUUGGAGAUGGUGGUAAAACAUGUGCCGGCUCCAAAUAGUAUAAACGAAGACAGAGCUCAACGUCUGCUCUAUCCUGAAAAUGUCGAUUUAAAUACUUAUGCCAGCGAAUCGUUGGCUCUAAAAGACGUCUUCAGAAAAUGUGAUGCUCAAUCUGAAAAUAUUAUAGUGUUUGUUUCGAAAAUGACACCAGUACAUAUAAAACAACUGCCACAAAAUAAACCAAAACGUUUAACCGAUCAAGAGCUACAGUCCAGACGUGAUGAAGUUCGCAAACGUAUUGAAGAACGCAAACAGUUGGCAGCUCAAACUCAAACGGAGGUGGAACGCAUUACGACUGGAGUAGAACAAAUGUCUACUGAAGAAAAGCAGAAACAAGAGGAGGAUGAAAAACAAAAGGCCUUAGAUAAAAAGGAGGAAGAAGAAAGGCCUGAAUAUGUAUUUGUGGCCUUUGCCCGAAUCUUUAGUGGUACACUGAAAAAAGGCAUGAAAUUGUAUAAUCUGGCACCUAAACACGAUCCCAGAAAUAAAGAUUCCCUUUCCUUGGAUUCGCCCUACAUAAGUGAGGUCACUAUUGGUGAUUUAUAUCUAUUCAUGGGCGGUGAAUUACAGGCUCUGGAUGAAGUGCCGGCGGGUAAUAUAGUGGGCAUAGGAGGCCUAGAACAAGAUAUUGCUAAAACCAGCACCUUAAGCAACACCAUGUAUUGCACCUCCUUUAGUGAACUUAGUGUCAUGGCCACACCGAUAUUCCGUGUAGCCAUAGAACCGGUAAAUCCUUCCGAAAUGCCUAAACUCGUUAAAGGACUUAAACUGCUCAAUCAAGCCGAUGCUUGUGUACAGGUAUCGGUAGAGCCAACGGGAGAACAUGUCAUCACAACUUUGGGAGAAGUUCAUGUUGAGAAAUGUGUUCAUGAUUUGGAAGAAAGUUAUGCCAAAAUUAAAGUAAAUGUCUCCAAACCUAUUGUAUCAUUCCGUGAGACCAUAGUGCCAGCAGCUACAUUCGAUAUGGUCAAUGAGGCCAUAGUAAAAACUUCCGAAGAUAAAGAUAUUUCUAAGAAAAUUGUCACCAUGCCAACGCUUAAUAAAUUGUGCACACUUAAAGUUAUAGCCUUGCCUUUGCCUCAAGCUGUAGUAGAUAUAAUAGAAAAAUAUCAAGCCUUUAUUAAGGAAUUUUCCAGUACUGCCAAAUCCUCUAAUGUAUCGGAAAAAUCCAAACAAUUGUUACAGCAAAUAAAGUCGCAACUUUCGACGGCUUUUAAAGACUUCGAUACGAAUGGCUUAACCACACUCUCUAACGAAGAGUUAAUUGAGCGUAUAUGGUCCAUGGGGCCUCGUCAUUGCGGUUCUAAUAUAUUGCUUAACUUAAGCGAUUAUGAGCAUCCUAGUUUUUGGUGGCCUUUAGUAAAUUCUUGCGAAGAUAUGGAGGCAACUAAAAAAUCAGACGUUAGACGUGAUUAUAAUAGUUCCUUUGUUAAUGGUUUUCAAUUGACCACCUCGGCUGGUCCUUUGUGUGAAGAGCCCAUGCAAGGUGUUUGUUUUGUGGUUCUGGAGUGGUCUGUUGAGGCUUCAGAUGAGUUGAAUUCAAAGGCAUAUGGUCCGUUUUCGGGUCAAGUUUUAACCGCUUCUAAAGAAGCCUGUCGUCAAGCUUUCCAAAAUCAACCGCAACGUUUAGUCAGUCCUAUGUACAGCUGUAAUAUAGUGGUAAAUGCUGAAGUUAUGGGCAAAAUGUAUGCUGUCAUUGGUAGACGUCAUGGCAAGAUUUUAUCUGGUGAUUUGACUCAGGGCUCUGGCAACUUUUCCGUCAUGGCCAUAUUGCCAGUAAUUGAGUCGUUCAACUUUGCCCAAGAAAUACGCAAACAAACAUCUGGCCUGGCAUGUCCCCAGCUAAUGUUCAGUCAUUGGGAGGUUAUUGAUAUUGAUCCAUUUUGGGUUCCUACAACGGAAGAGGAAUUCAUGCAUUUUGGUGAAAAGGCCGAUUCAGCAAAUCGUGCCAAGGUCUAUAUGGACAGCGUUAGACGCCGCAAGGGUCUGUAUGUCGACGAAAAGGUGGUCGAACAUGCUGAGAAACAACGUACUUUAAGCAAAAAGAAGUAGACUGCUGCUGUAUGCUCGAAAAACUCAUAAACGUAAUGAGUGCCGCUUUAAAAAUUUGUAUAAUAUUUUUGUACAAAAAAAAAAUACUAAUAAAUUUUAUAUUAUGAAAAAAAA